AUGCCGUCGGGGCCCGCGCUGCUGGCGCUGGCCGCGUUGCUUUCCGCCGUCCCGCCGCCCGGUCCCCGCGGGGCGGCGGCGGCAGCGGCGUGGACCGCCUGGCUGAACGUGUCGUGGGAGAACGGCGUGGACCGCAACCGGAGCGGCUGGGAGGCGGGCGAGAGCGGCCUGUACGGGCUGGACUCGCCGCUGCAGUCGGCCGAGGGGCUGCUGCUGCUGCCCGACAGCCCCGACGCCUUCAAUGCCUGCAGCGCGCUCACCAACUUCAGCGGGGCCCCCCCGGCCGGCGGCUCCCCGGGCUGGCUCGCCCUCAUCGAGCGCGGCGGCGGCUGCUCCUUCGCCGACAAGAUCCGCCUGGCCGCCGAGCGCGGCGCCGCCGCCGCCGUCAUCUACAACUACCGCGGCACCGGCAACGAGGUGCUGCCCAUGUCCCACCACGGUGCUGAAAAGAUCGUUGCAAUUAUGAUUGGCAACCUGAAGGGCAUGGAAAUCCUGCACCGGAUUCAGAGCGGCUUGAAAGUCACCAUGGUCAUCGAAGUGGGCAAAAAGCGCAGUCUUUCCAUGAAUAUCUUCACCAUCCUCUUCAUCUCUGUGUCCUUCUUUGUUGUGGCAGCAGCAACUGUGGGCUGCUAUGUCUCUUACUCUGCUCGGAGACUCAUUAUGGCAAGGGCCCAGUCCCGGGAGCAGCGGCGGCUGAGGGCCAGGGCCAAGAAGGCCAUUGAACAGAUGCAGCUGCGCACCCUGAAGGAAGGGGACAAGGAAACUGCUCCAGAUGGAGAUUCCUGUGUUGUGUGCUUUGAGCAGUACAAACCGAAUGAUGUAAUGCGUGUUCUGACUUGCAACCAUUUCUUCCACAAGACCUGCAUUGACCCCUGGCUUCUGGAGCACGGGACGUGUCCUCUGUGCAAAUGUGACAUCCUCAAAGUGUUGGGUGUGGAGAUGGAUGCAGAACCACGGUCUGAGCCUGUGCAAGCCCCAGGAUCCAGUGGCCAAAGACCUCUAUCCACUGUUACUAUAGUUAAUGAAGAGGACAAUCUUAGUGAAACAGCAUCAUCUGGAUAUGAUUCUGUACAGGGACCAGAUGAGUCUGCUCAGGAGGCACAGGCACCGUCAGAAAAUGACAACACACAUCCUGUGAGUGAAGAGUCCCAGCCCUCCACUGUGACUGUCCUUUCUCAUGGUGACAACCCAGGUUUUGAGGGAGAUGAAACACAAGUUUGUGAAAGCAGAAUUGUUUGUGAAGUCACAUUCUAAGAACAUGCCCAGCCACGUGGUGCAAGCCUUCUGCAAGGAGCUGCCUACUGCCAUUCCAUAUAAAACAAAAGUUGCAAGACUGCUGCAGAAAAUACUGCAUUGGCAAUGCUUAGAUAAAUAGACUUGUCCAAAUCGUAAUUGUAUGGUUUGCCUUUCUUAAAACUGUAUUUCCCACAGGAGUCUUAACACUCUCCAGAUAAAGCUGUCUUAAAUAUCAAGAAAACCAGCAGAUUUUAACUAAAACAAAAAUUCCAUCUUCAGCAAAGCUUCUCUACCGUGUUUGAGUUGUUUAAGUGAGAAGAUUUUGUACGUCAUAGUUGUCUCCACUGGGAGUUGUUUUGAGUUGGGUUUUUUUGUU